AUGCAAUCCAAAAAAACAACCAAACCAGAGAUUGACAAAGAUCUCCAGAAGUAUUUGCUUGACUCAAAAACUCAACUUUGCGAGUUCCUUAGAUCAGAGAUUGCUCAACAUCAGAAUCUGCUCCAUGAAAAAAUGAACGAAGAAGAAACUGAUGAUCAGUUGGAAGUAUCGGAUGAAGAAGAUCGACAACUUCGCCUGAAAGUUUUGCGUUUUGGGUUGGAUGAAAGAAAAAAAAAAAUUCAAGAUACCAACAUCGAAGCGGAUUCCCUCUCAUCUAAACUCGAUUCCAUGAAAAUCGAGGCUUAUCAGAAAAAAAAGGCAGCUAUUACAGAAAUGUACUCAAAUUUGGAGAAGCAACAAAGAAUUCUUCAAUAUUCCAGAAAUAAAGUUGAAUCAAUGCGCGAAGAGUUGAGUAAAAUAAAACUUAUAUCCCACGAGGGAAAGGAGGAGACGGUGAAUGAGCGUCAGCAGAAAGUCGCCGAUCUCCUCGCUCAAAUAAACAAAGUGAAAUCAGAAAUUCAGGAGCUGGAUUCAAAACCACUCCUAUUAAAAGUAAAUCUCGAAGAAUCCAUGUAA